AGUCUUAGCUUCGAGUAUUUCGACAACACAUCUUGACGAGGGUGAACGGAAUUCUUCGUUACACCAGCAACAGGUUGUAGGGUGUGAAAAAGUAACAUGCCCAUAUGUGGAUACGGUUUUCUGCACGUCACAGCGGUUCCGCCACGGUUGCUGCGGCUUCAACUUGGACAAGUGUUCCUGCUUCACUUAGUCUCCUCGUACAAAUGGCAUAAAGGCGACCAUGGAGAAUUUGUGGAGACGCAUCAUCUUUGCCGUGGUACUAAUUGCUGACACCGUCUGGCUGUCACAGUCCUUCAACGUCGGCACUGCAGGUGCAAAGAUUUUCAGCGGUUCGGCAGCGGAGGAGUUCGGCUACACCGUCCUGCAGACAACAAACCAUGAAGGCAAAUGGCUCCUGGUGGGCGCUCCCUGGAGCGGUUACACCAGAAACAGACGAGGGGACGUUUACAAGUGUCCAGUCACUGGCUCCAGAAACAGCUGUGACAAACUCAGUCUUCAAGAUUCUGUCAGUAUUCCAGAGGUUAAUAAUGUCAACGUCAACAUGAGUCUGGGUCUGACCCUCAACCGUAUGCCUGGAGUCAGUGAUUUCAUGCUGUGUGGUCCUCUUUGGGGCCAACUGUGUGGCCAGCUAAACUACUACCCUGGAAUAUGUGCAAAAAUGAACCCGCUCUUCAGGACACAACCCGCCUUCUCCCCUGCUGUCCAGAAAUGUGGAGGUCCUAUGGAUAUUGUGAUUGUUCUGGAUGGUUCUAACAGCAUUUAUCCUUGGGAACCAAUGAACCUUUUUCUCCAGAAACUAUUACCGAACCUUGACAUUGGUCCUACCAGGACACAGGUCAGCGUCCUUCAGUAUGGAGUUGAUACCAGGUUUGAGUUCAGGCUGAAUGAAUAUAGGACCAAAGAAGAAGUGAUUGCUGCUGCAUCAAGAAUCACACAAAUGUACGGUCACUCAACCAACACCUUUCAGGCGAUCCGAUAUGCCAGCCAGUGGGCAUUCAACCCAGUGAACGGUGCUCGACAUAAUGCAGCCAAAGUGAUGGUAGUUGUCACUGAUGGAGAGUCACACGAUGCGACUUUCAGAGAUGAUGUCAUAGCCGAGUGUGAGAAACUAGGCAUCACACGUUUUGGCAUUGCUGUUCUGGGUUACUAUAUAAGAAACAAUAUUGAUACUGACAACCUCAUCCAAGAAAUCAAAUCCAUUGCAAGUUCUCCGACAGAGAGGUUCUUCUUUAAUGUUUCUGAGGAGGCAGCUCUGUCCAACAUCGCUGGAACGCUAGGAGAUCGUAUCUUCAACAUAGAAGGGACUGGAAAAGGCGGUGACAAUUUCAAAAUGGAGAUGUCUCAGGUCGGAUUUAGUGCACACUACUCCAGCCAGCAGGAUGUGAUGAUACUGGGAGCAGUGGGAGCCUAUGCCUGGAGUGGGACUGUGGUCCAUCAGAAAGGGUCGCAGUCUGACAUACUUCCUUUCUCAGCGUUUGAAGGAACACUUCAGGACAAAAACGACAGCUCAUUACUAGGUUACUCCGUCACAACUCUGACUGAUGGCUCUAUGGUUUACUUUGUGGCUGGUGCACCACGUUCCCACCACUCUGGACAAGUUAUCGUCUACACCCUCGACGCUCAGAAGAAAACUGCCGUGAUAGAUUCUGAAAGGGGGAAGCAGAUUGGCUCAUAUUUUGGUAGCAUCCUGUGCUCCAUGGACGUAGACAACGAUAGGGUCACGGACCUUCUUCUAGUCGGUGCACCGAUGUUCAUGAGCGAGCAGAAGAGAGAAGAAGGCAGGGUCUAUGUCUUCUCUGUCACUAAGGGAAUACUAAAUGAGCAGGGUCUCCUCAUUGGUCCACCUGCUACUGAAGAUGCACGUUUCGGGAUGGCUAUCUCUGCUGUUCCCGACCUGGAUCGUGAUGGCUACAGUGACGUCGUGGUUGGUGCACCACUGGAGGACAAACAGAGAGGUGUCAUUUACAUCUACAAUGGAGAGAAGAAGACUUUAAACAAACAGUACUCACAGAGAAUCCUUGGCUCUAAACUGGAUCCUCAGCUGCAGUAUUUCGGAAGGUCUCUUGACGGCUACGCAGAUCUGAACGAUGAUACAAUUCCGGAUGUUUCUGUCGGUGCCUAUGGCAAAGUGGUGCAGCUCUGGUCCAGAGGUGUGGCAGUUGUCACGACUAAAGCUAAUUUUAACCCGAGUAAAAUCAACAUUUUCAACAAAGCCUGCAACAUCAACGGACGCAAGCUUACCUGCUUUGUCACCAGCCUCUGUUUCACUGCUGCAUUCAGACCUAAGAAACCUGUUGGACCCAUUGAUAUUUCGUACACUUUGACUCUGGACGCUGACUUGGAAGCUUCCCGGGUGACAUCUAGGGGAAUGUUUACCAAGAACAACGAACGCUUUCUCACAGAAACAGCCAAAAUAUCUGCCACUCCUCUGUGUCAAGACUACCAGGUUUAUGUUCAGGAGACACCAGACUUUGUAAAUUCCCUGAGUCUGAAAGUGGAAAUCGAGCAGAAGAAUAAAGAUGCUAAUCCGGUCCUUGACAUGUUUUCUUCCACUGCCUCUCAGUUUUUUAUCCCCUUUACUAAAGACUGUGGGUCGGAUGAAGUGUGUAACAGUGACCUGGUGCUGAGAGUGACGACCGUUUCUAAGGCAACCAGCUCGACUCCUGUUCUGGUCAGCGCUAAUGACAGGGAGCUGUCAUUCCAAGUUGUUGUGAAAAAUAACAAGGAGAAUGCCUACAACACUCAAAUGGUGGCGACAUUCUCCAGUAACCUCUACUACUCCUCCAUCUUCCCUCCUACCGACAGAGUCAAAUGCACGUCGACACAAAUACAGACAGUUGUUUGCCUGGUCGGAUACCCAGCAUUGAAAACUAAGGAAGAGGAAAAAUUCCAGAUCAAUUUUGAAUACAGUCUUGAUCAACUUCAAAACCGAGCUGAGUUGAAAUUCGAAGCCAAGAGUGACGGUAAAGAAGAAAGACCAGAAGACAACCUGGUUGAUAUAUCAAUUCCUGUGAAAUACGAUGCUGGGAUUGUUUUAUCUUGGCACUCGAAUAUUAAUUUCUACGUGGCAAAUUCAACCAAUGAGGUGGUAACGACAGUGCAGUCCUUGGACGACAUCGGCCCAGAGUUUAACUUCACAGUGAAGGUGUCCACAGGUUUCUUCCUGGUCAAUCUCUUGUAUCUGACCAUUGCUAUUCCAAUAAGUACCAAAGGUGGAAAUCAGCUCCUCUAUCUGACCAGUGUGGACACACAGGCCGGCGAUCCCAUCAGCUGUGAUUCCAGCAGCCUGGUUGAUCCUCUGAAGAUCCGACUGAGAAGCCACAAAGUAUCUUUCACUGAGGAGAACCUCAGAAAAACAGACAAACUGGAUUGCAAGACGGCAAAAUGUGUGUAUGUAAAAUGCCUCAUGAAGGAUUUUAAAGAUAAGAGUGACUACUUUGUUACGGUGAAAACACGGAUCUGGAGCGGCACCUUUAUUUCAACCAGCUAUCAGAGCCUGGAGCUGACCUCGAAUGUUAAGAUUGAAACUUCUAAUCCUGAUCUUGUUGUUAUCGGCCUCAAAGAGCUUCCUGUGGAGCUGACCGUCAGUAAACCAGGAGCCAAAGGUGAGGUUCCAGUCGGAGUGAUCGUGGGCAGCGUCAUUGGUGGACUAGUGCUGUUAGCUGUGGCUGUGGCUCUUCUGUGGAAGUUUGGGUUUUUCAAAAGAAAGUACCAGCAGCUUCAGAGGGAGGCUGAAGGAGAGAGGCAGAGCAAUGCACAUGUUGAUGAGGUGCUGUGACCUGCUGAGAAAAGGUCCUGCUCUGACUCUGACCAAGGACUUCUACUGUCUUUGCUUCUGUAAACCGUACAUUGACUGUUUGUUUCGCAGUUGUGCACUGAUGCUGAAUGAAUACAAAACUGUAUUUUUCUAACUUGACGGAGACUUUAUGUAAGUAAAUAAUGACUUUUGUGACCUACGUUUGCUACAAAACAUAGAAUCUUUUUUUUUUUUUUACAACAUGGGAGGUUAAAAAUUUUCAUUAAUAACUAUGAUUAUUUUUUCCAUAAAGCACUGUGAAUACUGCUUUAGCAAAAACCACUGCCAUGAGACCUGCUGUCAACUCUGGUGCUCAGGAAAUGAUGUCAUUAGUAACUACUGAUGAACCAAUAGUUUUCCAGAUACGAUAAGAUACGAUAGUGUAGAAUAUAUUAAGAUUCAAACAGAUGUUUUACCAUGCCUUUUCUUUGUGUUUGCACUGCAUAUGUUGUAAAAUAGAUUUAAGACAUUUCUUAUCUCAUUUGUGUCCGUGGUUCACGACAAACUGUUUCUGUUCUUGUGGUAAGGUUAUGUUGGUGGUUAACUUGUUUCCCUGUUUUAAAACUGCACAUGUGCAGCUUUGCAAUUUUAAACGAAUAAAUAUUAUUUUCCUUUUUUUAGAUAUAGUACUGAUGUUUAAUUUGCGGAAAAUCUACAAAAGUGAAAGCUCCAUAUUUCCUGCUGCUUCCUUGUUGGUUUCAUUUCCUUUUUUUAAUGGUUUGAAUCGACAGUCGGCGUCUUUAUAUUUGUAACACCACCUCAAAACGGUUCAUUUAAAAAAAAAAAGAUUUAAAUGUUACAGUACAUCAAACCCAACAUGUUUUUCUAAUAUUUAUGCCAAUGUGUAUUUCUACUGUGUUACCACAAGAUGGCAGCAUGACACAGGUGUGACUUUGGGAGUGUUUACGCUUGUUGAUGAGUUGACCACUUACACAUAACUCCGUUCAUGUAACGACCCAUUUGAUUCUCUUCUCCUCUCUGACCUUAGUUGAAAAAAAAAAAAACUCACGCUGAAAACUGCUUCCCAAGCAUCAGUGAUUUUUAAUUAUUCCCUGAACAGCAAUUAAUUCCUUCUCACAUUUUUCGACUGUUGCAUUUCCCACAGUUAGCGGACUCCGUCCCCUGACUGUUCGGGAAUGAGUUCCUGAAUAGUUUGCCUCCUUAAAAAAAAAGCCAACUCCUGACCCAAGCAAAAUCUUUACUCUUCACUUCUUUGGAUGCGUCCAGGCGGAAUAUGCUAUUUGUCUCUAAUAAGUAGCACAUUUAUUGGUUGCCUGGGCUCGGGGCCUGCCUGUUGGAGGGAAUAUAUAGAUCUUGAUAAAUGAUUGGACUGGUCUGUUCCACAAUUACUCAUGCACUGCAAGGGUUGUGAAAUAGCCCUUGGAUGUGUGCACGGGGAGCAAUGUGGAAAUAGUUGAUGAAAUGAGAUACAGUGGAAAUGGCUGAACACCUUUGUAAUUCCAUCCCCCUCUGUGGGCUCCUGCAGAUGAUUGGCAGCUAAAGCGAAUCCCACUGACCCGUGUCACUGCAGAAUGAUUGCUCACAAAUUGCACCGCUGUUGUUGUGGAUGUGAAAUGAUGUCAUAAAUUAUUGAAAAAACAGUUGGACCUUUGCAACUUAUAGUUUCUAAAGCUCGACUCCAAUUCUCUCUGGUUAACUCUUAAGACUGGGAGACUCGGAGUUUGUGCUAAUUAUCAACCGUCAUUAAACAGGGGCGACACGUGCUAUGCUUUUAUAGUGGAGCAGCAAUAGUCAGAUAAAAUAUUGCAAGAUACAGUGGAACCUUGAGAUACGAGCGUAGUCCGUUACAGGACCGAGCUCGUAACUCAAGGUGUUUGUAUCUCGAAUCCCGUACGUAAACACUUGAUUCAGUAGCACAGUGGGGUUUUUUUUUUUUUUUUUUUCUGGGGACCCAUAUUUUAAAAGUCACAAACCUUCGUGAACCAAGUCAAUAGACAUUAUUCGUAAACUCCUGGGAAACAUGGUGUGAGACGACCCCCCAAAAAAAAACAACCUUGUGACCCACCUGAGGGUUGCGACCAAAAUAGUAAAUGUUUCCCACUUGGA